AUGAGAUCUAGCUGUUUGUUAUAUCCUGUCAAUUUCAUACAUACUUCAACUGAUAUCACUUAUGAUGAUAAUCUGAUUUUAGCAUCCUCUCCACAAGAAGAAGAUGGAAGUGUAUCAAAAUUGUCAGCCUGGAGUUGGACCAACAUAAUAAUCCAAUUUCUAUGCCGAAUAAAUUCGUUCCUUGGCAGUGCAUUGAGCCAAAAGGUUUAA